AGCACCAAUGAAGGUAACGGAAAAGACCUACGAGGAAAUAAUCACGGCCUUGUCUGAUCAUUUCGCACCUCGUACGUCAGAGGUCGUUUCCCGAAGUUUUAUCGGCGGGACCAGCAGCCCGAGGAAUACAUUUCCGUCUACAUCAAAGAGCUACGCCAGUUGGCCGAAAGCUGUGGAUUCGAUAACUUUGAGAUUAUGUUGCGUGAUAGACUCGUAUGCGGCGUGCGCGAUGACGGGCUUCAACGACGACUGCUCGCGGAAGAAAACAUUACCUUCAAAAAAAGCGCAUGAUAUGUGCCCUGCUCACGAGGUGGCAGCACGCAUCCUUGCAAUCAUCAAAGAAGGCGGCGGACAAUCAGCUGAUGUACAUGACGUAAACGCACGCGAAAAGGUAAACAAAGACCCCUCGAAGCUGAAAACAAGCGUUUCCCGAGUUUCCAAAAGGUGUUUUCGCUGCGAAGAAAAGCACUCACCAGACUCGUGUGUCUACAAAAACGCAAAGUGCAAAUUUUGCGGCAAAAUAGGACACGUAGAACAUGCAUGUUUCUCAAAGAAAAAACAUUCAAAACAAAAACCAAAAGUGAACCAACAAUCUAGUGAAAGCAAUUUCAAAAACGUGCCACAAAAUGAGCACAGUUCGGAAGACCAGGUGUACCAUUUUUCGCUUAACAAUGUGAAAUGGGACAGCAUCACUGGUAAAUAUCUGGUAGACGUCCUCCUGAAUAAGAAACCGAUAAGAAUGGAAAUCGAUUCGGGCGCUGGAUAUUCCAUCAUAUUCAAAUCAACCUUUCAAAAACUUUUCAGGGACAAUCCUCCACAAGUGAAGCCAUGUAACUUAAUUCUACUAGAUUACCAAAACCAGCUAAUUUCGACAAUUGGCGAGUGUUACGUGAACGUACAACGGGGACAAAAAAGUGCUACCCUUCCAGUUAUUGUUACUGAAGGCAACCGAGCAAGCCUGCUUGGAAGAAACUGGUUUGGAAGGCUAGGUUUAACUAUUAGAGGAAUAAAUCAGAUAAAUCAGACCUUGUCAAAGAAUACCCGGAAGUAUUGGAGUCAACUCUAGGGAAAUUCAAAGGGCCUCCCGUAAGUUUUUCCUUAGAUCCGAACAUCAAGCCUAUCGUUCUCAAAGUCCGAAAGAUACCGUUCGCUUUAAAGGACAAGAUUGAUCGUGAAUUGGAUAGACUUGUCGAUCAAGGUGUGCUGGAGCCAGUGAUUCAUCCAAAACGGGCCACUCCCAUUGUUGUUGUCGCCCAGGACAAUGGUGACGGAAGUACCAUAAACUAGGCGUUACGUACAGACCCCUAUCCAGUUCCGUCUGUUCAAAAUAUAUUAGCAGCUCUAGCAGGUGAUCAAGAAGCUGCAGACGCACAGAAAAUUAUCACACACAAAGGACCUUUUAGGAGCAAACGCUUACAAUUUGGUGUCUCCGUGGCACCCCAAAUUUUCCAACGUUUCGUGGACAUGAGACUCACCGGAAUCCCAGGAGUUCUUCCAUAUUACGACGACAUUCUCAUAGUUGGACAUUCCGAAACAGAUUUGGACCGUAAAGUGCGUGAAGUACUUACCCGUUUUCGAGAAGAUGGGCUUAAUCUACGCCGUGAUAAAUGCAUUUUUCACACGAAAUCUAUAGAAUUUUUAGGUUUUAGUAUUAGUGCAGAGGGAAUUUGACCGACCAAAGAGAAGGUGAAAGCAUUUGUUAACGCGCCUGCGCCAACCAACAAAACGGAAUUGCAAGCUUUCCUCGGUUGGAUAAAUUUCUACCACGUUUUUCUUGAAGACAAAGCAACGAUUGCUAAUCCAUUGUAUGAUCUGCUACAUAAAGGUCUCUUGGCAGUGGCAUGCAGAACAUGAAAAAGGGUUCAACUUACUAAAGAAUAUCCUAAUUACAGAGCCCAUACUAGGACAUUAAACAGCUCUUCCUUACUUGCGAUGCUAGUUCAUUUGGGGUUGGAUGUGUCUUCAGUCAACCUGACGACUCCGGUAGAGAGGUCCCAGUGGCGUACCAUAGUCGCACAUUAUCCUCAACAGAAAGAAAUUUCUCACAACUGGACAAAGAAGCUCUCGCUAUCAUUGUAGGAGUUAAGAAGUUCCACGAUUACCUAUACGGACGAAAAUUCUGCAUCUGAACGUAGGUUUUUUAGCCCGAGGAAGGGAAUCCCAGAAAUCCUUUCACUGAGAUUGUUAAGAUGGACUCUGAUGCUCACAGAGUAUGACUACAAUUUACACCAGGUUCCAGGCUCAAGAAUUGGCAACGCCGACGCGCUUAGUCGUUUACCCCAGAAAUUAAACACUCCAGAACCACCCAAGGCACCCGAUGUUUUGAUGUUUGAGAACAUCCCGGAAAGAGUGGUCGAUGCUAAGCGUAUCGCCAGUGAAACAGCCAAGGAUCCAAUUCUAUCCAAAGUUUUACAAUGGGUAUGGAAAGGUUGGCCGAUGGAAAGAUCUAAAUUCCCUGACGAAUUUCAGCCUUUCUUUCAACCACAGAACGAAAUAAGUUGUUACCUUUGGGGAACCAGGGUCAUAACACCUCCAGGAGGGAGGAAAAGUGUGACCGAUCUUCUUCAUUUUGGACACCCAGGCAUGGUAAAAAUGAAGGCUCUUGCUCGCUCAUACGUUUGGUGGCCAAACCUUGACCGUGACAUUGAAAAUAAAAUCAAAACUUGCUCCGAGUGCCAGGAAGCACGAAAUAUGCCUAGAAAAGCUCCGGUACAUCCAUGGGAAUGGUCUCGUGCACCCCGGACACGACUUCACUUGGACUUUGCAGGCCCCAUGAAUGGUAAAUCAUUUUUAAUUGUAAUUGAUUCAUUCUCUGGAUUCAUUCGUUUGGUCCCGAACACGUCAAGUGCAGCGACUAUCAAAGUCAUGAGGGAAAAUGGUACAGCUUUUACAUCCGAAGAAUUUCAACAAUUCCUCAAAACCAACCAGAUUCGUCAAGGUUUGGUCGCUUCCUACCAUCCAAGCAGUAAUGGACAAGCACAACGUAUGGUGCAAAAUGUAAAAAAUGCACUCAAGAAGAUGGGGAACGAGAACGUCCAGUUAGCUUUGUCAAGAUACCUACUAACUCAGCACAUUACACCCCACAGCGUAACAGGUCAAUCUCCAGCAGAUGUCUUGAUGGGACGAAAGUUAGCGACGAUUUUAGACCCUAUGCAACCAGAUUUCACCAAAGAAAUGUCAGCCAAGCAAGAAGACAAAUACUCUUCUAAUGAAACCCCUCGAUCUUUCCAAGAGAAUGAUCCGGUGUUUGUAAGGUCUUACGCUCCCGGUCAAAGGUGGUUACCGUCAACGGUAAUAGAAUCAACGGGACCGCUCAGCUACAAGGUGAAAACUCCCGAUGGUAAAAUCACACGCAGACAUACCGAUGAAAUUCGUCCGCGUACACUCACCGAAGAGACCGUACCUGUCUCCGACGGUCAGAACUACGACGUUUCGCGAUUCGCGGAAUCCUCAGAGAUUCUUCCAAGAGUCGUUAUCCCUUCACCGUCUGCUGAUGGACCCUCUUUAGAAGAGAACACGCCAGAGCAGGUUUCAGGGACUCAGUUACUCCCCGGCCGGCCAGAACAAGGCGCCUUUCAAGACAUUUGGAGGAUUACACAACCUAGAGGAAAAUCUAGGAGGGAGGAGUGUGGUGUAUUUGGCAACACCGCGGGCCGACCAAAAAAGGAAGACUCAGCCGAUGUGCACGUUUUCACGUGCGGUACCGUGGUCAUAUAAAGAACCUAUAUUUUUGUGAUAUUAAA